AUGUUGUCUGCUUCCUGGACGUCAUGGCCUAACCUCUUCUGCAUCCAUUUAUUAUUGUGUGCAACUGGAGCAGUGUCAGAAAAAUUCCUGCUGGCGCCGCUGAAUUCAACAGUGCUACAAGGCUCCGAUGUGCGAUUCAAUGCCACUGUGCAAGGAGAAAUGGAGUUCAUGACCUGGACUGUCAGAGGGAAUCUGGUCCUCAUUGUUGCCAACAGUAACGUAACCACAUUCUCAAAUCAGUUUUCAGCCAGAAUCUACUCCAGUGGUGACAUCAACUGUGUGGAGUUCACCAUCCAUAGCGUCACCCGCAGGGAGUCCGGCCCGAUCAUCUGCGCUGUGCUGGGGGAGUAUGGAUCAAAGACAGCACAGCUUUAUGUACAAGAGAGCGGUUCAGUAACCAUCAUGGGAGGAAAUAUGACGGUGGUGCAGGACCAGGAGGUGGAGCUCCAGUGUGUAACAUCUGCUUGGUUCCCCAUACCUACUGUCAGCUGGAUCCAAAAUGGUGAAGCUGUGGACAGCAACCUGUACAACACGACCAGCAUGGCUGAUGGGGAUUCCUUCAACUCCACAAGUGUCCUGAAGUUUUUGGCAGUUAGGACGAACACAUUGGAGUGUCUGGCGACUGUGUCGACACUAACAGAACCACAAUCCAGCUCUGUCUUCUUGGUGGUUGUUCCCAAGCCAACGGACUGGACCGUGCUGAUAGCUGUGGUUGUGUCCAUUGGAGGUUUUGCUCUGCUGGUUUUGCUCAUCCUCGGAAUCAUCUUCUGCUACAAACGCAGGAAAGAAAAACAACUUAACUACCAAGAUGAAAUGAGCAGGAGAGUGAGGACCCAGAGCCAGAUAAGUGGUGUCAAUGCAGCUGGGCAGAGACAGGGUCAAGUGAAUACAGGAUAUGUGCCGGAGGGUCAAACAAGUGUCGCUCCCAGUGAACUCACUGACAGUGGCUUUGGCCAAGCAAAUGGCUCCAGUGUUUUUGAGAUGCAUGGUGUUGUGACCAGUAACCAGGCAGUAAAUGGCUACAGUGGUGCCGACAACACUGUGGACAAAUCAGGCUUCAAGAAACACAGACAUGUCACCAUUGUGUAAGGACAGACAGAGGACCGGGACGUCUGCAAAUGUUUAUGAGUUUGAGUUUAUGAGUCAAACUUGCACAGCACCUUCAAAGUCUUACUGCUUUGGCUUCUAAAGACUGGGAAAUUGUGGGGAAAAGGACUGAUUCUGCCCCCACCAAAAACUGAUGUACUGUUGGCAGGGGGACACAUAUUUUGUUCACUGCAGGAAUUUAGCUGUAUCAGCAGAAUAUAAACUAUUUUAAAUCAUAGGAAAUUUGUUAAAAACACAUUUAAAAUUGCAAAACAACUGUGUGUGCUAUGGUAACAACUUGCAGUAGCAGGAUCAACACAUAGUGAGCACAAUUAACAACCAAACGUGAAACAACUGGAGCAGGAAUUGAAACGUUAAUUCUUUGGUUGAUAUCCAGAGGAUAUUUGUUUGUUGAAUAACUAUGUUUAUCUAAGCCAUAUUUUUUUGAGGCAUCAUGUAAUUAAAAUUAAAUAUUCCAAAGGUACCAUCUUGAACUUCCUUUGUUCUUCUACAUCUGUAAAUGUCUUAAAAUGUAAAUGUAGAUGACAGUUCUCUGAUCAUUGGCCUACUUUUAAGACGUGAUGAA